GGGACCCGAUACAUAUGGCCAUUGACUGAAUAUUUGUAAGAGAGAGAGAGAGAGAGAGAGAGGGGGGGGGAGUAACCGGCGAGGGGCGACGGAAGGACGCCGGUGUGGAGCAGGAGGCAGAUGAAAUUGUCGUCGGACUGUUCGGCCUUCGACUCGGAGGAGCGAGACGGCAACGCCGCCUCGUCGGCUGCCGGUUCCGUUGUGGUGGUGGGAGUGAGGCUGUUGGAUUCGAAGAGCAGAGAGUUGCUCACUUGGGCUCUCGUUAAGGUCGCUCGCUCUGGCGAUCGAGUCAUUGCUCUUCAUGUCGUCAAUCCCGAUACCGAGGGCAAAUCUACACUUCUCUCUCUUGUGAAGACCUUCGAUUCUGUGCUCGCCGCUUAUGAAGGUUUCUGCCACCUCAAACAGGUUGAUCUCAAACUUAAGCUUUGUAGAGGUUCAUCAGUCCGCAAGGGUCUAGUCCAACAGGCAAAAUCUUACGGUGUGGCAAAAGUGAUCGUGGGGACUUCAAAAACUCAUCACAAAAUUAGAUCAUCAGUGUCGGUUGCCAAGUACUGUGCUAAAAAUCUCCCCAGGAACUUUUCAGUUCUUGCAGUUGAUAAUGGAAAAAUCCUGUUUCAAAGGCAAGCAGAUAAUGACUAUAAGAAGCAUUAUGUACAACCAAUUCAUGAUUCAUUAAAUGAGCAACAAGAAGAAGUAUUAAAUAAUGGAACAGCUGAUGCAGAAGCAUCAAAAUCAAAUGAGCAACAGCAACUUUUUUCGCAGAAGUUCAAUUUCGUAGAGGAGUCAUCAAAUGGUGCCAAUUUGGAAGAUUCAUUGGCUUUGGUACCAGCUCGCAACCAACUUCUGAUUGAAUCAAAACAUGGUUGGACUCUACUCCGCCAAGUGUUUCUACGUCACCAGCAACAGCCUGAUAAAGCUUCCUUAAAAAAGAAAUCUGUAAUGCAGUGGUUACUCAACCUACAUGACCGACAAGCUUUUGCUGCUGUCCCUCAUUGUAAAAAGAGCAACUCUGAUACAAAUAAAGAUCAUCUUAUAAAUUUGGAUGGAGAGAAUGGUUUGAUUGUACCUUGUCGAACAAAUAAUGCCUCUUCACUUGGCUACUGCCUGAAAGGUCUUUCCAAAGAGCUGGAGGCACUCGCUGAUAAGUAUGCAUCACUGUGCAGGAUAUUUAACUACCAGGAACUUAUGUUGGCUACUUCCAACUUCAAGUCUGAACACUUGGUUGGGAAAGGUGGUAGCAGCCAGGUUUACAGAGGAUUUCUUCCAGGUGGCAAAGAAGUGGCUGUGAAAGUCUUGAAGGCAUCUGAAGAAAUAUUUAGGCAGUUUGUUUCAGAAGUUGAGAUCACCACGACUUUACAUCACAAGAACACAAUUUCUCUACUUGGAUUCUGCUUUGGGGAAAACAAUCUACUCUUGGUUUAUAAUUUUCUCUCAAGGGGAAGCCUAGAAGAGAAUCUCCAUGGUACUCGGAAGAGUGAAAUUGUACUUAGUUGGGAGGACAGAUACAAGGUGGCUGUGGGUGUUGCCGAGGCAUUGGACUAUCUGCACAAUGGACUUGCUGAACCUGUCAUCCAUAGGGAUGUGAAAUCUUCCAAUAUCCUUUUGUCAGAUGAUUUUGAGCCGCAGCUGUCAGAUUUUGGAUUAGCUUUGUGGGCCUCAGAUUCUUCACAGAAUAUCACUUGUACUGAUAUUGCAGGAACAUUUGGUUACCUAGCUCCAGAAUAUUUCAUGCAUGGCAAAGUGAAUGAUAGGAUUGAUGUCUAUGCAUUUGGUGUCAUACUUUUUGAGCUUCUGUCUGGUAGAAAGCCAAUUGAUAAUGUAAAAACAGAGGGCCAGCAAAGCCUUGUUUUAUGGGCAAGUUCAAUAAUGAAGGGAGGGAAGGUUUCUGAAUUGAUGGACCCAAGCUUGGGCAGUAACUAUGACGGUGAUCAAAGUGAGAGGAUGAUUUUAGCUGCUGCCCUUUGCAUCAGACGUGCACCCUUGUGUCGGCCUCAGAUUGACGUGGUGCUGAAGCUACUCCAAGGCGACGCAGACACAAUCAAGUGGGCAAGAAAACAGGUCAGUGCCUUGGAAGAGGAGAAUGCUGUUGAUGGAGAAGAAUUCCCCGCCAACAUGCAGUCUCAUCUUAAUAUUGCAUUGCUGGAUUUAGAGGAAGAGUCCCUCUCUACUGGAAGUACUGACCACAUUGACCUGAUAGAAGAUUACCUCAACGUAGAUGGAGCCGCUCAUCGAGCUUGGAAUAACCCGUUUUUUCCUGGAUUGCGCCCCGCAAUCAGAUGAUUUUUUUUUUUUGUUGUUGUGAAUUUUGACCGGCUGCCGGAUGAGAGGCUGUUUUCGCAAGGUCGGGCCUCCUCCGAGCCUGAGGUAGUUAUGCCGGGCUGGGGUGUAAGAAGUUAAGUUUCUUAGGUUGACUAGUUCUUAGGAUAAUUCGUUUUUACGAUUUGUAAGCUGUAGGUCCAUGAAUAGAUUUGGGCUGCUCCUUUUGAGGUCUAGUCUCAAUUUAUGUUUUGGUUCAUUGUGUGUGACGUG